AUGCCGAUUUGCACGUUGCCCAUGCUGCACGGAAAGAUGUACGUGGCCAACUCGCCGUCUCUGAUCGCGGCGGCGAUGCGUCACGGCGACAUCUCCUUUGAGCCCUUCCAGAUCGAGGCCUCGGCGGCGGUUCUGGAUCUUCCGCCGCACCACAAGGACAAGUUCCUGCAACCGGGAGUCCUCGGCCACGUGGAGAAGACGAUGGCCUCGAAUCUCAGACUGGACCCGCUGCAGAAGAUGAAUUUUGCCGCUUUGCAGCACCUAGCCGGGAAGUUGAACGAAAUCGAUGCCACAAGUGCUCUUAGCCUAUCCGAUGGGUACGCUUGGAUCAAGGGCGUCUUGUCCAUGGCCACAACCACGGCUCUGUACGGGAAGGAGAACAUGUGGGACGUCGAGAAGCUCGAGGAUCUAUGGACCUUCGAGAAAGGCAUUGGGGCUCUGAUGUUGAAGGUUGCGCCGAGCCUAGUCGCCCCCAAGGCGAUUGCGGCUCGGAAGAGGAUGAACGAGCUUCUGCGGCCCUUCUACAAAGCGCGCGAGGACGAGAACCCGGACGUGGCCAAGAUUCUCCAAGAACGAGCCGGCUUUUUCCGCGAACUGGGCAUGCCGUCCGAGGACCUCCCCCUGAUCGAGUUCUUGAUCCCGUUCGCGGCGAUCCUGAACACGGCGCCGAACCUGUUCUGGACGUUUGCCGAGGUGUUUUCCGAGCCGGCCCACGUCGAGCGCAUCCGGCGGGAAGUGCUGCCGCUGGCUAUCGUGGCGGAUACCGAUGACCGAGGCCGAGUCGCGACGAUCGACGCCAGGGCGCUAGAGGCCGGCUGCCCCUUUCUGCACGCCUGUUUCCGCGAGGUCCUGAGGCUGUACAGCGCGCAGAUCGGCAACCGGCGGGUGAUGGAGGACGCGACGCUCGAGGACGCGGACGGCCGGCAGUACCUGCUGAAGAAGGGCACCAACAUGCAGUGGUCGGCGAGCGUCACCCACUUCAUGCCCGAGGUCUGGGGCGACGACGCCGUCCUGUUCCGGCCGGAGCGCUUCCUCGACGUCGAUCCCCUGCAGGAAAAGCAGAGGCGCGGGGCGCUGAUCCCCUUCGGCGGCGGCCGCCACCUGUGCCCCGGCCGGUACUUUGCCCAGACCGAGACGCUCGGCUUCGUCGGCGCCUUGGCUCUCGGCUUCGACGUGACCGGAGUCAAGGUUCCCGCGGCGGAGUUCGCGCCUCUCGGCGGAGGGGCGAAACGCCCGGUAAGAGGGUCGGCGGUCGACGACAUUAGCAUCUCGCGGCGCACGGGCUGGGAGGACGUGACAUGGGAGUUUGUGUGCUGA